AUGGCCACUGUGGGCUGCAAGCCACAUGACCUGGGUCACGUGAUGAAGUGGAUUGGGUCUGCAAAACGGAAAAAAGCAAGUCACAACAUUCGCAAACGGGAUAUGAGGGAACCAGCGAAUAGCAGGGCUGAGGGAGCUAGAAUUAGGGCUUCAUUAUACACGGUUGGGAUCCUUGUCCUUAUCAUCAAAUUUCUCAGAUUGUCCCCCAACAGCUCUCAGUGGAUCUGGAAUGUAUUUAGCGAAUGUGCAAAUGAAGGGCGAGAUGUGGCCAGCUGGUUUUUAGGACUGGGUUCCCAUCCCUUUCUCUAUAGCUGCUUCCUUCCCCUAUACCCGGACCAGUCGGUGAGGAGGAGGCAGCCCACAUAUGAACAUUGUAUAUCCCAUUUUCUCACGGUCAUCCGGUCAUACAUUUCAAAGAAAGACUUUGAUCUCUGUGUUAUCCUUUAUUCAAGGAUUCAAAGAGCUUUACAGAACACAAGUAUGGAUGGAGUAAAAAGUAAUUGGCGGUUGGGAUCCUUGUCCUUAUCAUCAAAUUUCUCAGAUUGUCCCCCCAACAGCUCUCAGUGGAUCUGGAAUGUAUUAGCGAAAUGUGCAAAUGAAGGGCGAGAUUGUUUUUAUAUAUGUAAUAAAAAAGUUUUAUAUUUGAUAUCCACUCACUCCCUUAUCUCUCCUCUCAGACAGUACUAUAGGUUUUGUAAGACUGGAAAUAUGGACGAGGCAAUUUCAUUCUGGUUCCUGAUGGGAUUGCUGGCUGGAGAUUCUUGUAACUUACUGGGAGCCUUCCUAUCGCACCAACUUCCCUUACAGGUACAGCUCCCCACAACGCCUAGUCUGCAGUGUGACAAGUUAGCAGGCAUUUGUCCAUUUACCACUCAAGACAUAAUCAGAUUUGUAAUCGGUUCCAUUUCGUCGGUGAUGUUUCUAUGUUCCAGGGUUCCUCAAAUCAUAACCAAUUUCAAGAGAAGAUCAACAGAAGGCCUGGCGCUGUCACUGUUUUGCCUCGUUGUUCUCGGUAACCUAAUGUACGGGCUCGGCAUUCUCCUGAAGAAACCAGACAACGGGCAGUCGGAGAGCAAUUAUUUGUUGCAUCACCUGCCCUGGCUCGUCAGCAGUCUGGGUGUGAUGAAUCUGGAUGUUAUUAUCAUUUUUCAGUUUAUUGUCUACCAUAAGAAAAGUUUAGACUCUUUGGACGAGACUACACCGAUUCUUGGUCUACAGAGGAGCCCCAUCUAUACCUGAAAGUUAUUUUAUUAAUAAAAAAGGGACCUAAAUAUGGACACGGGCCAAGUUGCACCCAGCCACAGCAUUACACAGAUAACCCUACACCCUCUCCUCUAUCUUAUUCAGCUCUCAGCUGCAGCACAUUUUUUAAAAAUAAUUUUUGUUUUAUAUAAAGCCAGAGAUGCUAUAUUUUGUAUCCCCAUCACUGUGAGAUCAACACAUUUUACCCAGAAAAUCACUGUAUAUUGUAAGCUAUUUUAUAUACUUUAUAAAAAAAUUUAUUUGGUGUGGGGGUGUAGGUUGUUUUUAUUUUUUAAAUAUAUGCAAAUACUUAAUAUUAGAUAUUGAAACAAAUACAUGGCCUUUACCUGGAUCAAAUAAAGGGAUAAAAAUAUUAUAUAUGUUUACAUAUUCUAUUGUAGCAGAAUUACAAAAGCACAUACUGUAGCGGUCAGUCUGCACCAGACUUAUCAUAGAUUUGCACAACAUAUAUGUAGAAGGGACGCUGCUUACUUUAAAACAUAUGGUGUUUUAUAGAACCACAAAUCAGAUGAACAGAUUACAAUAUUGCUGGGGCUGCUGUUCUAUGUGUUACACCACGUGGACCAGGUGUUUUUGUUUAUUUUAAGGAAUUGAACUGCAUUAAACCUGAAAGAACAUUG